UCUGCGAGGAGACGGAUACCAAGGAGCGUCGUUUGAAUUUCGGUCACAUUGGUUCAGGGAGAGGUUUAGUCUUUGGUGCAUUGUUGACAAAAAGCUCUUCGCAUAAGACUUGUAUCGGCUGGCAACAGUCUGGCUUCAUUGACGCUGUUUUGUGAACUAGUAUUGGAGGAUGCCUCGUCACGAUCCUGACAGUUCUUCUGCAAGCCGGCGCAAGGGUGCAGUACCCAAGCGUCGGCCUCCAGCCUCCACCGCGACUGCUUCAACAUCAAAGGCAAAGGCUCCACGGCUGAGCAGACCAUCGGCCUCUGCCGUUCCAGCUCCCCCCCCGCGAAAAAAGACAAGGUUUCGCCCUGGCACCCGAGCUCUGAUGGAAAUUCGCAAGUACCAGAAGAGCACUGACUUGCUUUUGCGCAAGGGACCGUUUGCACGCCUGGUUCGGGAGGUGUGCCAGACUUAUACCAGGGACUUCAUGAGAUGGCAGGUGAACGCUCUUCUGGCCUUGCAGGAGGCUGCAGAGGCUUUCCUUGUUUUACUGUUUUCCGACGCCUACCUGUGUACAAUCCACGCCAAGCGUGUAACGCUGUUCCCCCGUGACAUUCAGCUUGCCCGGCGAAUUCGAGGAGUGGAUGACCUCUGAGAAUGCUCAGAUGAGCAGUUUGGCUUGGGAUUGGGUCUGUUGUAGCCUCUCUUCUUCUUGUCACUCAAGCUCAGCCAAGGUGACCAUGGACCAUGGGGUGUUGAGGACCUAACAAUGCUAUGUUUUGAUGCAAAGCAUUAGUGGACCUAAUUUGCCCCAAACACACAUGCAUUAUGUUCAUGCCAGUUAUAACCUCAGCAUAUUCUAUAACAACAUGCUAACUCAGGCAAAGACUAUUCACCAAUGUUUUGCAUUUAGAAAUACCUAUUUUUUGUACAUUGUGAAGGGAAAACACUGUUGGGUAUACUGCUUUAGUUCAUCAGUGUUUUGGACCUCAUGGUACCUAAGCCAAGUUAGUAUACUGUUAAAAUCUGUAAAAUAUUAGAUUUUCUGUAAAUAAUUUAGAGAAAUUGUUCAUGAUUGAUUUAAAUAAAUGUUUUUAUUCGGUACAAAAACAAUUCGAAAUGGCUCACAUUUGUAUACCCCUGUUUCAUAUGUGCAGGGAUAAAAUCAUAGAAUUACAUGUAGUGGAUUAUAUGAUGUCUAUGGACAACCUGCUAAUGACACAUUUCUGUAAUGAAGGGUGGUGACCCAUAUAGCUAUUGUAGCACUACAGAUCCAUUCCUUAUAACCUGGACAUUAGUUUCUUUCAUGUUAACCUGUUAUUUGACAUGCCCAAUUUUAACAUGUCUCUGUGGUGUUUGUGUGCAUGUGGUUUCAUCCACCGCCUUUUGUCUCAUUGUAUUUUCAUCUGAUGGUGUGGUGUUGCCAGAUGCCCCUUUUGGCUCUCCCUUUUUUAAUUGGUCUCUUGGGACAGCUUUCUGCUGCCUCCUGGCCCCUGAUCUACCUGCUUUCCCAGCAGGCAGCCAAUCAGAUUUUCUGUUUACAUGUGUGCUAGGGCAUCACUUGUGACUGCGAAACCCACCGGGCAACAUUUAGAGUUAGAUGUUUAAAUGACACAGCAGUUGAACGACUACAGACAAGUGGGAACACUUUCUGCGUAGGAUCCCUUUUAAUGGUGAGGAUUUUUUUGAGUCAAAGAGAAGGUGUUCAUGUAUUCACAUGGACAGAGAAUAGUACUGUUUAUUCAAGUGCCAUAAUGUACAUUAAUGCAUUUUAAAGGGGAUAUUAUUCAUGGAUCCAAAAUAGGUGCAUUCUUUCGGGCCAUCGACACAUCAGGUAAGACAAUUUUAUGCUCUUGAGUCUAGUCAAGCCAAUUCAUUGAAUAGCAAUGUUAAGAGCCAUAUAUUCUUAUUCCAUGUUGUUUACUUGCGUGUAUUGUAAAUGUUUGUUAAAGGUGCAUUUUAGGAUUGGAGAUGGAAGUAUCCACUGCAAGGAUAGUGUUAGAAAUCAACUUAAUGAAGUUGUGUAGUGUAUAAACAAGAACUCUUUAAAUGGCUUAUUGUUAUUUGAUGUGAUCCACAUCCCUCUUUUUCCCCUCUGUCAUUAGAGCAGCACACUGGAGGGCUUAUUGUAUGGCGGCUUCCAUGGUGACAAGGGGGAGGGGUCUGUAAACCAAGGGAGCAGAGGAGGAGAAUUCCACAGCCAGUGUAAGCCCCAGCUAGCCGGAACCAAUUAUGUUUGUCUGUAGCCUGGUCCCAGAUGUUUCUGACAGCCAAUAGUCAAAGGAGUUGGCUAAAACCCAUACACUUGUAGAAGGGGACUAUAUAAUAGCAUAUGCCCCAGGUUUGUGAGCGAUCAAAUAUGUUUUAUUAACAUUCCUAAACAGACAUGGUAUCUGAUUUUUUUUUUGUAAAUAAACAAAUUCGGGAAUUGGAUUGUUUCCAUUUUGAUAGUCCUUUCAGACCAGCACCGUCGACCAAAUGGAGCUCUCUAUGCUCACUGCCCCUCUCAGUAACCUGCCCCCAAAGCACCACCAACCAAUCACCGGGCUUUAAAGACUCCAUCUUCCUGGACUACAAUUCCCAGGGUGCACCAAGGCUCUCCCCUUUGAUGACAUUUGAGUUUGGAGAGUCUGGAUUAGGUAGAGAAGGGAAUUAUGUCAGGGUACAUCAACCAUAUUAAUGUUAGGCAUGUUGAUGGUAAAACUCUGACCUGUAAACUGAUGGACUUUUUAGUUGCACUGAACAAAAAAUAUAAACACAACAUGUGUCUGUUAUAAAGGCCUUUUGUGGGGGAAAAACUCAUUCCGAUUGGCUGGGCCUGGCCAGUGGGGAAAUCCAUAGAUUAGGGCCCAGUUUAUUUAAAUUGACUGAUUUCCUGAACUGUAACUCUGUAAAAUCGCUUAAAUUGUUGCAUAUUGAGUUUAUUUUUGUUCAAUAUAUAAUAAUGCUAUGGUAAAUGUAAGCAUUUUAUGAUUAUUCCUCAUGACUACUUGUUUUGUUCCACAGUUUGCCAUGGUUGUUAUGAUAUCAUUAUGUGCACGUAGUUUAGAAUUUCAAGUUUUAAUGUCAUGUGCACAAGUACAGUGAAAUGCCUUUCUUGCAAGCUCUAAACCCAACAAUGCAGUAAUCAAUAACAAGAUGUAUAGGUGUUUGUGAUUAUAUUGUACACAGUAAGUGCCAGGAAAUGUAUGUGUGCAAGAUUAAAUAACCCAAACCCACCCCAAAUAUGA